AUGCUUGCAAUAGAACCGUUGUAUCGCACAACUAAAGGGAUUGACGUUUUCAAUUUGCUAAAAACUGUGAUCAACGAAUAUGUCGGGUUUGAUAAAUUCACUGCUCUUACUACUGACGGAGCUAAAGCAAUGACUGGACGUAUAAGCGGCCUAUGGGGACUUAUGACAAAAGAGGGCCUCUGCUGCUUCUUUAUUCAUUGCAUUAUCCACCAGAAAGCAUUAUGUGCAAAAUCAUUAAAAUUAAUUAAUGCUAUGGCGGUAGUUAUAAAAAUUACUAAUUUAAUAAGAGGUGGAAGUAGCUCGCUCUCCCAUAGAUUGUUUAAAGUUUUUUUGCAAGAAUGCCAAGCUGCAUAUUCUGAUCUUCCUUUGCAUUGCGAUGUUAGGUGGUUGAGUGCUGGGAAAUGUUUAAAGCAAUUUUUCGCAAUAAGAAAAGAAAUACCACUUUUCCUAAGAGAACAUUGUAAUAAACAUACAGCAGAAUUUGAAAAUAAGUUUGAAGAUAUAAACUUCCUCACCGAAUUAGCAUUUCUUACAGACAUUACACAUCAUUUAAAUAUUUUAAAUUCGUUACUGCAAACAAAGAAACAGAACCUUGCAGAAUAUAUGAAUUACAUUAAAAAUUUUCGCAAAGCGCUGCAAGAUUUUACAAAUCAGUUAGAAAAUAAUAAUUUCAAAAACUUUCCAAGCUGCGGAGAAAUCAAACAUGAAUUUCCAGCAGCGAACUUCCUUAUUUUUGUAUCUGUCCUCGAGGAUAUGAAUAAACAAUUCGAUAUUAGAUUUAAAGAUAUUCAAGUUCCACAAAAAGAUCUUCUAUUAUUUAGUGAUCGGUUUUCGGUUGAUAUAAAUGACUAUUCAGAAGACAUACAAUUAGAAUUACAUAAUUUGCGUGAACACCCUCAACUACAAUAUUUACCUAAUAAAGGCGAAUCCUUGUUUAGAAAUUUAAGAUCCGAAGAAUUUCCACACCUUAUAAAAGUAGCCAUGAAAAUUGUUUCCAUUUUUGGAUCCACAUACAGAUGCGAAAGUGCAUUUUCUGUCAUGAAAUAUAUUAAAUCGUCCGAAUGCGCCUCGUUAAAACAUUCAACGUUACAAAACUUAAUGCGAGUUGCUUUAACAGACAUAGACGUCAGUAUUUAUCAGCUGACAGAAGAAAAACUGCAGAAACGUUUCUUGCGGAAACGUAAAUACGAUUAA